AUGUCACCAUCCAAGGACGAACGCAAAGACAGUGUUCUGACCGCGUCCAAGGAGGACAAAAAGAAGCAGAAGGAUGAGGAAGAACUCUCGGAGGAAGAUCAGCACUUGAAAGAUGAACUUGAGAUGUUGGUGGAAAGAUUGAAUGAACCGGGGCAACAAGACAACUUGUAUUCCAAGUAUCUUGACAGCUUAAAAACGUUUAUUAAGGAGUCCACCACUUCAAUGACCGCUGUGCCCAAACCUUUGAAGUUUUUGAUGCCUCAUUACCCAUUAUUGACGGAGAUUUAUGAUAAAUGGUCCGGUGACAAAUCCUCCAAUUUGGUGCUCCAACUUGCCGAUGUUUUGUCGGUGUUGGCGAUGACAUAUUCCGAUGAUGGCAAGAAGGAUUCGUUGAAGUAUCGUUUGUUGGCCAGUGACGACACCAUUGCUGACUGGGGACACGAAUACAUGCGUCAUUUGGCGUUGGAAAUCGGCGAGGCGUACCAAGAACAGUUGGGUCUGGAAGACGAUUCUGUGGAUCGUUUGGUGCAACUUUCGUUAAAAAUCGUCCCUUUCUUCCUUAAGCACAAUGCAGAAGCGGAUGCUGUCGACUUGUUGCUUGAAAUUGAAAGCAUAGACAAGUUGCCCGAGUAUGUCGACGAAAACACAUUUGCUCGUGUGUGCCUUUAUAUGGUUAGCUGUGUACCAUUGUUGGCUCCCCCAGAUGACAUCUCAUUCCUCAACACCGCUUACACAAUAUACUUGGCACACAACCAGUUGACCCAGGCCCUUCUGUUGGCGAUCAAGCUCGACAAUAAUGACUUAAUAACCAAGGUAUUCGAAGUUACAAACGACGAAUUGGUCCACAAGCAACUCAGUUUCAUGUUAUCCCAGCACAACAGCAGCUUCGUCUAUCCUGGAGAGAACGAGGAGAUCCAAAGCUGUAUUUCCAACGUUAAGCUUCAUGACUAUUUCAUGUACUUGGUGAAGGAGCUCAAUUUGCUCGACCCAAAGGUUCCCGAAGAUGUCUACAAAUCGCAUUUGGAAAACGCCAAAUUCGGUUUGGGCAACUCUGGGUCCAUCGAUUCCGCCAAGCAAAACUUGGCCGGGGCGUUUGUUAAUGCUUUCCUCAAUUUUGGUUAUACAACCGACAAAUUGAUACAAACUGAAGAAUCACGCAAAUCGUGGAUAUAUAAGACAAAGGGCCAAGGUAUGCUUUCCACCACCGCAUCUUUGGGCGCUCUUCAUCGCUGGAACAUCAGCGACGGUUUCCAGCACUUGGAUGACUACACCUACUCUGUGGAUGACGAAAUCCGAGGCGGUGCCUUGUUGGGUAUUGGUAUCGUAUCUUCUAAUGUGCAUGAUGAUGUCGAGGCUGCUUUUGCGUUGCUCCAAGAGUAUGUCACCGACCCUACAAAGAUGUUCCAGACGGCUGCUAUCAAUGGUUUAGGAAUAGCAUACGCUGGCUCUUCAAACGAAGAUGUAAUGGGGCUCUUAUUGCCUAUGGUGUCGGACACUGAUGUCCCCAUUGAAGUAUCCAGUUUGGCUGCUUUGGCGUUGGGACAUGUCUUCGUUGGUACUUGCCAUGGUGACAUUACUUCCAGUAUUCUUCAGACUUUGUUGGAGCGCGAUGUCUCUGAGUUAACCAACAAAUACACCAGAUUCAUGUCAUUGGGUUUGGGUUUGUUGUAUAUGGGCAAGACAGAACAAGUGGAAGAUGUUCUCGAAACUAUCGAGGCAAUUGAACAUCCUAUCAGCAAGACUUUGAAGGUUCUUGUCAAUAUCUGUGCUUACGCUGGUACCGGUAAUGUAUUGCAGAUACAGUCUUUGUUACAGAUGUGUGCCGCCAAACAACAAGACACGGCUGCUGAAGAGGCUAAGUUAGCUCAAAGCGAGGAGGACCAGUUGAAGGAAGAAGCGAGCGGUGAGGCGGCAACAGCUACUGAAACCGAUGGUACGACUAAUGCUGCGACCAAUGCUGAACCGGAAUCAAUGGAUGUUGAAAUGGAAGACGCUGAAGCAACUUCACCCAAGAAGGAGGAAGAAGAAGACAAGCAAGAGGAUACCGAACCUGAUUCUGAAGACGGGGAGUUGUAUCAAGCUUUUGCAGUUUUGGGACUUGCGUGUAUUGCCAUGGGUGAAGAGAUUGGCCAGGAUAUGUCGUUGCGCCAUUUCUCCCAUUUGAUGCAUUACGGCAAUGCUUUAAUCAAGAGGGCGGUUCCACUUGCUAUGGGCCUUGUUUCCGCAUCCAAUCCACAAAUGAAGGUGUUUGACACCUUAUCGCGUUACUCACACGAUCCUGACUUGGAAGUUGCACAAAACGCAAUUUAUGCCAUGGGAUUAGUGGGUGCUGGUACCAAUAAUGCUCGUUUGGCUCAAUUAUUGAGACAAUUGGCUUCAUACUAUAUCAAAUCAGCGGACUCGUUGUUCAUGGUGAGAAUUGCCCAAGGUAUAUUGCAUCUUGGUAAGGGUACUCUUUCGUUGUCGCCCUUCAGCAUGCAAAGAUCAAACAUAUCCAAGGUAUCGUUGGCGUCCUUGUUGACUAUAUCAGUUGCAUUGCUCGAUCCCAAAUCAUUCAUCUUAAACGAUUCUACCACCGAGACCACCCAUCAAUUAUUGUACUACUUGACGCCAGCCAUUAAGCCAAGAAUGUUGGUAACUUUGGACGAGGAAUUAAACCCAAUCAAGGUGAACGUUCGCGUGGGACAAGCAGUUGAUGUUGUUGGACAAGCAGGUAAACCCAAGACCAUUACCGGAUGGGUGACGCAAUCGACGCCGGUGUUGUUAAACUAUGGCGAACGGGCGGAAUUGGAGAGCACAGACGAAUACACUGCUUUGAGUCAUUCGUUGGAAGGAAUAGUGAUUUUGAAGAAGAACCCUGACUACGUUGAGGAGGAAUAG